CAUGCGCCAUGCGCCAGUCUCCUACCAACGUGCGCCGGAGUCGGUCGCGCGCCGCCCCAACCGACCAAUCACGUGAACGUAUUCAAAAAAACUAUCUAGUGUAUGUGUUGUGUUAUUAAUACAUAAAUUUGAAUAAUAAAAAGUGUGUGUGAAUAUUGUGCUGUGCAUAACCUAUUGGAUAUUUUUGGUUUUUUGUAAUUAAAGGAUUAUUUUCGAUCGUGAUCUGCUAUUUUGAGCUACGGAUAUGUACAGAAAACCAACCAAAGCUCAACCAUGGAAAAAGAUCGCUCCUGGCAGAGUCACCGAAAAUGUCGCCGUGACUGUACACAGUGGGUCGAGAUCAUACCUAACAAGACCAUAAAGAAGUCACACAUGAGGAUAUGAACAUGGAGGGAUCCUCAUCAGACUAUAGUGACGAGGAGGUCGGAGUGCUGGCACGAGGUCAGAAGCUGUGGGUCCGUGGCGUGAGGUCACAUACCACUUGUGCAGACAUCGUGAGAGCUCUACAAGACGCUCCCGAAGCUGGAGGUGGACUAAGCGAGCACGGUGAAUGGGUGCUGGCUGAACGAUGGCGAGGAGUUGAGAGACCACUACCACCAGAUGUACCAGUUCUUCACGUCCUGGCAGCAUGGGGAGAUGCUAGGCAUGAGGUUCGUCUGGCUCUUCGACGAGUUUCAAGUGGUGGAGAGGAUGACUCUGGUCGAGACAGUGAUGGUGGCAGUCGAGGUGGCGCUCGACGGCGAAGGAGACGAGGUCUCAGGGCUGCCACUCCACCUCCCAGAGCCAGGAGCGAGGAUCCAGCGGCCAGGCUCGUGUCAGUCAUACAGCAUCAAAGCAGAACUAUUCAUCAACAGCUUGAUAAAUUAAGAGAACAAGAAAAGCUCAUCGACCACUUAGAAGACCAGACGCACAAGAAUCGCAUGGAGAAACACGGCACUAAUUACCUUCUCGAAUCGUACCUGAGAGACCUGGGCAGGUGUAGUGAAGUAAACGACAGUCAGGCUGGCAAUAGCGACAGUGGUGUAGGCGUAGGCAGCGGCACUCCUCCAAGAAGACACACAAAACACAAAUCCAGGCGAGAAAGACACCUCAUGAGAGAACACUACUUCACAAAAGAACUAACAGACAUAUGCCAAGUUAAUUCCGAGAGACUAAUGCAAACACAAAACGACACAGACUCAGAAGCGUCAGCCGACGAGCUCUCAAGAAUACGAGAAGAAAUCGAAAUGCUGGAAAAACUAGCGAUAGUCAACAAACGGCUCCACCGAGAAGAAGAAUUAGUUGUAAGACUAACAGCAAAAGUCAAAAGGUAUAUGGACGAAAACAAAGCGAACAGCUGCGAAAAUGUAUCUCAAGUGACGAUGCUGCUCGACAAAAUUGAACAGGACCUCAUGAACACCGCUAAAGAGAUGCAAGAAAAUGCAAUAGAAUUGGCUAAAGCAGACAGCGAGAUUGAGAGUAGAAUGAAACUCCUCGAUGAAUUGACGUUAGAAUUAGAAGAAGAAGAAUUGCAGAACACUGUUCUAGAAAGACAACUCAAUGAAGCGUCGAGUCGUCAACCCAUUCUUCUGCAAGACAGCUACGUACCUGUUCUAGACCAAACAAACUUAAGCCAACCAUUUACCUAUGGCAGUCCAGGAUACGUUCUUGACACGUUGGUAUGACAUAGGUUUAAAAUCGGAAUCACUGUCCCAAAGAUGUUAUUUUCAAAUUACCAUAUUGUAAGUAGGAAUAAGAUGAUUCUUGGUAAACAGACCUCAAUGAUUUACUGUUUUUUUUUUAAUAGACUUAAGACAAUUGCCUAUCGCCAUUAAUUUGUGUUCGUUUCAAAUAGAAUUGAAAGUUGUUUAAGAUUUUCAAUUU